AUGCUCCGACCAGCGACACCGCUCACCAUCUUACUUCUCGCAUCGUUCAUUCUUCUCUUGCUUUCUGUUUUAUCGACACCCAUUAUCAAAGGCGUACCAAUUGCGAAUUUCAAAGACGUCAACUUUGGCGUGUUUGGAUAUUGUACCCCAGAGGACUGCUCGGGUCCUCGCAUCGGGUACAACACAGAUGACUUAUUUGGUACAAGCAAGGGCGCCACCGACUUCAGCCUCCCUUCAGCCGCUCGCCACUCCCUCUCUGCUCUCCUUGUCGUUCACCCUAUAGCUGCGCUGUUCAACUUGGUAUGUCUCGGCCUCGCCGGAGCUGCGCAUCUGCACUCUCCAUCACACUCUGCACGAUAUCUCCUCGCGCUCCUCAUUCUCCUGCUUCCGACUCUUCUCGUCACCCUCUUGGCUUUUCUGGUGGAUAUCUUGCUCUUCGUGCCCCAUCUACAGUGGGGAGGAUGGAUCGUGUUGGCUUCGACCAUUCUGAUAACAGCUUCGGGCGUGGUCACUUGCGCAAUGAGACGCACCCUGGUCAGUCGGAAAGCAAGGAAAAAGAGGAUUGCCGAGAACGCCGAGAUGAGUGGGGAGAACUUCUACAACCGACAGAAUUCGAUGAAAGUGGACGCUACAAGCCAGCGAACCAGCGAUGAGCCCAAGCCUCCCUUGGUGAACGGAGCGCCAGGCUCAGACACCCUGCCAACGUUUGUUACAUACAACAAAGAGCAUGGUAUCUCUGUGGAGAGGUUUGAUUUGGGCCAGAGAACCCCAUCAACCAAGAUGAAUGGUGGCCCAGUGGGAUACAGGGGGAGCAAUGGUGACGCUCUCGGCCCAGUCCGAUCACGAAGCCAGGAUCAAUACAAGGGCGCGAGAGACGACUUCGAAAGCUCGCUUCCAUCAUCUGGUGUUAUGGAUGCUGCUCCACCAAAUCUCAGCAGGGGGCCGUCAGACCCAGAUCUGAGGCAAAGACCCUCAAGGGAUCGCAUGGACGGAACACCUGGCGGUCCUCGUGGUGGAUUUGGAUACGGAGGGCCCAGAGGGAGAGGUGGCUACCCAUUACGAGGAAGCUACGGUCCACCUCGGGGUGGCAUGGGAGGACCACGCGGAGGGCCCAACCAUGCCAUGAGCAGAGGUGGAUACCAUGAUGGGCGGGGCAGUCAUUAUAAUAGCCAGAUGCGAGGUGGUGCGAUGGCCGCUGGGGUUGGUCCCGGACCAGCAGCAGGCGCCUUGAUGGGAAGACCUCAACAAGGACCGCCACCUGGAUAUCCUCCCCAGGGCCAGAGGUUUUCACCAGAAGGAUAUGGCUCACAAGAGAACCUACGCCGAUUUCCUUCGCAAGGGUAUGGAGCACCAGGCGAUCUACAACAGCAGCAAUAUUCUGGGGUUCAAAUGCGGAGACCGUCUCCUGGACCAACACCUCCGCUACCACAAGAUGCCCCAUUUGUCGGACAGGCGGUUGAGAUGAAUGCGGCAACGGGAAGGAUCUCGCAAGCAGCUUCUAGACCACAGGAUGGGGAGAUGGUUCACGACACAGUGACGAUGCGCCCAGGUCAGCCAAGUCCAGGCAAUCAGUACAGCUCGCCUGAAGGACCGAGGUCACCAUCAAACACAGGGGAACCUACAGGUCCGACCAGCCCUAGCAGCAUGUACAGCCAUGCUCCCGAGGGUUACGUUCCUCCCCGCGCCGCAUGGACAAAAAACAGCCGAACCCACAGUCCCCAACGCAGCCUUAGUCGUCCAGGCCCCAGCCCUGCCGGGGUCUCCUCCGGAUCCUCCUCUUCCAACGUAAACUCCAACUCCAGUUCCGGCCGUGUUCCUGUCCACAAUCCAACCCACCGCCGCACCUCAUCUCACUAUUACGAGGAUGUCGACCCUCGCUUCUCAGAGGUCCAUAUCAACGCUACCCCUCCACCCGAUCAAGAACCAACCCUCCCCAUCUCUCUCCUCCCCGGAGGCCCUUCUGCUUCACACCGGCAACUUGCUCCACCCUCUGGAGCAGGCUUACUCCAACCAAACCCCUCCGACGAGAAUCUUCAAGAUGGCACCCGAUCGCCAACUGGAAGCGAGAUAUCGCAUUUCACGUCUGUGAGCCAACGCGGCGUGAAUCCUAGUUGGAGACCUGGUAGCGAGGAUAUAAGAGGCAUGCCUAGCGGUCCGUCGGGACCGCCAUCGGCCAUGAGGAGGCCCAUGCCUGCUAACGCUGGCUAUGGAGGUUCCACGAGGGAGAACAGAGAUGUACUCUUGCAGGGAAAUCCGGAUUUCGAGAUUCCAGGCAUGAGACCUCCUGGUAGAGCAGGACCCCACGCCGGUGGCGUGGGAAGAGUACCCAUGCAGAGGCCACCACCGGAUAUGGAUAUGAAUGGACCGGUCAACGGCCUAACUAGCACGGGGAGGUAUCCUCACCCUUGA